AGCCACCAGUGAUAUCACCAACGACAUUGUCAGACUACACGACGGUUGAAGGUGAUCGAAUCGAAAUGAGGUGUUUGGCUAACGCGAAUCCACCUCCGGUCAUCACAUGGUCUAGGAAAGGUAUUCCUGUCUCGGAGGAUAUGGUUGGAAUUCAUGUCACUGAGGGUGUAUCUUCUCUGCAUCAACAUGCUGGUGAAUUGAAUUACAAGCCAAAAAUAAUUUCAGAUGGAACCCUAGUCAUAGAGAAUGUUGUGAAUGAUGACGCAGGGCACUACACUUGUAAGGCGUCGAACGCAGCCGGUGAUGCUGAUAAGGUGAUACGCCUUAGCGUCAUUAUCCCACCAGAUAUACCAGAUCAAGAUACUAUUGUGAGUGAAGCUGUCGUUGUUGGACAGCCAUUCAGUCUUUACUGUCCGGUAUUUUCAACUCCACUGCCUCAGAUAUCGUGGCAUUUGGACGAUCAUCCGGUGGCUGACGGUGAUCCAAAUAUCCAAUUAUCUGACGAUAAACGACAUCUACAUGUGCUCAGGUCGAGACCCACUGAUACAGGCAACUACAAGUGUGUUGCGAGGAAUCCUGCCGGUGAAUCAUCAAAAUCAUUUCAAGUGGAAAUUCUUGGUAAUUUUUUUUAA